GAAGCGGCUUGCUUGGAGGCGUCUGCCAUUGUUUUUUUCGGUAAGAAAAGCAGAUUAUUGAUUUUGAGGUGCUUGUUGAGGUAACUCGGCAGAAGUUUGUGAAGAAAUGGCGCGUUCGAAAAAUCGUUCCGAUUCAGAGGAAUCGGAAAAGGCCGACAAGAAGCAGCGCGGUCGGGAGAAGGAACGCAAAAAGCGCAGCUCUAGUAGCAGCGACAGUAGCGGAAGCUCGUCCGGCAGUAGUUCGUCUCGCAGCAGCUCCGGAUCACGUUCGAGCUCUUCCAGCAGCAGCUCGUCCUCUUCCAGUUCAUCGUCAUCAUCCAGCAGCGAGGCCGAUCGUUCACGCACUAAGCGCAAAACUAACACCCGUUCACGGUCACGCAGCAAGAGCCCGGUGGAACCGGCCCAGAACUGGGACAAACAGUCGGCCGCAGCUGCCAAGGAGCCGUCGGCAAAGGGUACCAUUGUGCGAUCAAAGUCGAAGGAAAGGUCUGAUCGACGCAGCUCGGAACCGCGCGAUAAUGACAAAGAAAACAAGCAGAGUCGUGCGGCUUCGGUGGACAAAUCCAACAAAGAUUCGCGCAGCCGUCGUUCACGGUCCGGUUCAUCAAAGAGGAAGCGGCGCGAACGUUCCGUAACACCGCGCCCGGUACGCAUUCACAUCGGGCGGUUAACGCGCAACGUUAACCGGGACCACAUCAUGGAGAUAUUUAGCUCGUACGGUGAGAUAAGUAAGCUCGACUUUCCGAUGGAUCGGUUCCAACCGUUCGGCCGCGGCUUUUGCUACGUGGAGUAUGUCGAUCCGGAUGGUGCGGAAAAUGCGAUGAAAAACAUGGACGGUGGACAGAUCGAUGGACAGGAAAUAACGGCUUCACCGGUGUUGGUACCGAAGACGCGCCCACCACCCAGACGUCCGUCCCCGAUUAUGCGCAACAAUCGGCCGAUGCCACGCUGGAGAGCGUCACCGAUGCGUUACCGGCGUCGUCCGUCGAUCCGGCGUAGCCCCCGACGCAGACGUUCGCGCAGCCCUGUUCGAAGACGCCGCCAGAGCAACAGCUCGGACAGUUCGCGCUAGCGAGGAUUGCUAAAGCCCGUUUAAUCACUAACGACAGGUUUGACGGUCUAGUUUUUACAUUUUAAAUUUCAAACCAUAUUGCACUGCUUCGGGAAGGAAGCAAUAUACUUUCUAACAUUUUACCAAGUGUGCAUCAUUGAACCAGAUUUCUGAUUCAUUUUUCCCCUGCUAUUUACGCAUUACAUGUUAGAGCAUAACUCGGGCUUGACUUAAGUGUGGGUCGAUUAUUGCUCGAGCUCUGUUCAUUCUGCACACGUGCAGUGUGUAGCACAGUAGCUUUUAUUUUCGUUUGAAAAUCUACUCCACGGAUCACAACGCAUGGUUCGGGCGAGAAUGUGACAUUUAUGUUCAAUUUCAUAAAAUAAACUUUGUAGCAUAAUAUA